UCGUCGCCAUGGCGACGGCCUUGACUCCGCGGGGCCGCCGUAGGGCGGGCGGGCGCCGCCAUGACGGGGCGGAUGGCGAGAGCGGAGCCGCCGCCGGCCGCCUUCGAGCGCCGGGUGCUGAGGAGCGCGGCGGGGCACCACUACCUGCGCGUCCGCCUGGAGCUGCCCGACGGCGGGGCCCGGCCCAGCGCCGCGCAGCUGAAGCAGCUGGUGGUGGCGGCGCUGAGGGAGCUGCACGGAGAGGUUGGAGCAGCUUUGCCUGUUGAUGUCUUAACAUAUGAGGAAAAAACUCUCUCUGCAAUAUUAAGAGUUGUUAGCAGUGGCUUUGUCAAGCUGUGGAGCGCUCUGACGUUGCUGGGCUUCUACCAGAACAGACGGUGUGCCUUCCGAGUGCUGCAGACAUCUCCAUUUCUUCUUGCGUUAUCUGGGAACAGUAGAGAACUAGUCUUGGACUGAAUGCAGUUGUUGGUUUGAUUGUAAGAAGAUGCUGCUGCUCUGCAGGUGUGGAAUUUCUAGAGGGAAUUUCCGACAAAGAGC